GCUCCCUGCCAGCCCUCUGACUCACGCUCCCCAUUACUGCAUUUUUUCCGCCUCACAGCUGCUUGGUGCAGAGAGAGAGUGUGGGGCUGCCCUCCCCCACUCAGGCCUGACCCUCGAUUGGCCCAACCCCUGGCCUCAGUUUCCUCAGGAGACACACAAGCUCGACCACUGCUCCCCUCCCUCAGAUGCGGGCUGGGGACUUUGUGUGCACAUCCCCCAGGGGAGUGGAGAGAGGGGUUUCUUAGUCUCCUGUCUCAAUCAAGAAAGUCCUUCCUGGAGUCUGGCUGCACAUCUCUUGCUGCGCCCUGAGCCCCAGAUGUGCCAGGUCCCUAACCGGGGCGGCUGAAGUGCAUCUACCCUCAGAGCCCUCUUCCCUGGUCCCACCAGCCUUCCCUGGCUGAACAGAGAGGAGAUUGAGCCCCGCCCCAUGCUCGCACCCCCGUGUGCACCCCAGUUCGGAUCCCUCCCCGCAGCCUGCCGACCCCUGAGCAUCUCAGCCCAGCGUGCCUUCUCCUGGCCGGGCCGCCCUUCUCCCGCGUGGGUGUCUGCAGUUGGACACUCUCCCUCCCGCCUGCCAACGCCCUCCUCCCCAGGCCUCAGGCGCCGGCCAGCCCCCUCCCCGCCCCCACUCCUGUCCCCUGCUGCCUCCUCGGCAGCCUCUCUUCCUCCUGGCAGAGCGUCCAGCCCAGCCUGCUCCUCCCUGGGUCCAAGGCGCCUUCAGCAGGCAGGCGCGGCCCUCCCUCCCUUCCUCCCAGCGGUGGCCGCCACCUCCUCCCUCUCCGGCUCCAGUCCCCUCUCACCCCAUCCCCGCCCCGACUCUGCAAACAUGAGGGUCUUGGCCUGCCUCCUCGCGGCUCUGAUGGGGAUCCAGGCUGUUGAGCGGCUGCGUCUGGCUGAUGGCCCCCAUGGGUGCGCUGGCCGCCUGGAGGUGUGGCACGGCGGGCGCUGGGGCACUGUGUGUGACGACGGGUGGGACCUUCGGGACGCCGCCGUGGCCUGCCGGGAGCUGGGCUGCGGGGGUGCGCUGGCCGCCCCUGGAGGGGCCUUCUUCGGGGAGGGCACGGGGCCGGUGUGGCUGAGCGAGCUGGCCUGUCGGGGCAGCGAGCGGCAGCUGGGCCUCUGCCCCCACCGGGGCUGGAAGGCCCAUAUCUGCUCCCACGAGGAGGACGCCGGUGUCGUCUGUGCAGGUCAGCGUGUGGCUGACUCCAGGGACCGAGAGGACUCACCUUCAAUCCUGGACAGGGACCCGUGGCCGGGGCUGUCUGGGGAGCUGAGCCCCAGCUCGGAGGAGCCCCCCGUGACACCUGCCCCCCGCCCAGCCGGGACCCCUCAGAACACCUCUCGGAGGAAGAGCCCCAGGCCGUCCAAGCAGGCCAAGUCCACUAGGGCCCCUCUGCUGACUGCUGGAGCCCCUCGCCAGGAGCGGCUGCGCCUGGUCUCUGGCCCCCACGGGUGCUCGGGCCGCCUGGAAGUGUGGCACGGUGGGCGCUGGGGCACCGUGUGCGACGACGGCUGGGACCUGCGGGACGCCGCAGUGGCCUGCCGCGAGCUGGGCUGCGGGGGCGCGCUGGCGGCCCCGGGAGGGGCCAGAUUUGGCCCUGGCUCAGGGCCCGUGUGGAUGGACGACGUGGGGUGCGGAGGGGGAGAGCAGGCCCUGCGGGACUGUCCCCGAAGCCCCUGGGGCCGGAGCAACUGUGACCACAGCGAGGACGCCGGACUGGUCUGCACCGGCCCGGCCCCUCGCCUGCGUCUGGCUGAUGGCCCCCAUGGGUGCGCUGGCCGCCUGGAGGUGUGGCACGGCGGGCGCUGGGGGUCGGUGUGUGAUGACGCCUGGGACCUGCGAGACGCCGCCGUGGCCUGCCGCGAGCUGGGCUGUGGGGGCGCGCUGGCCGCCCCUGGAGGGGCCUUCUUCGGGGAGGGGGCCGGACCCAUCCUCCUAGACGAUCUUCGCUGUCGGGGAAAUGAGACGGCCUUGCGCUUCUGCCCGGCACGGCCCUGGGGCCAGCACGACUGUCACCACCGGGAGGACGCCGGGGCUGUGUGUGACGGUAUGCCCCUCGGGUACGUCCCUCCCACGGCCCCUGCGGUGGACAGCAACAGCUCCAGGCCCAGGGAGGCUGCCUCCAGGCCCCCACCCCCUGCAGCGAGCCAGGCCCCAGGGACAGCAGGCCUUCCACCUCCGCCCGCCUCCCCUACCGCCCCUCGGGAGCCUGGUCCCGAAGCUGGGUCCCCUCAGCUGCGCCUUGUGGCUGGGCCCAGCAGGUGCUCAGGCCGGCUGGAGGUGUGGCACGAUGGGCGCUGGGGGACGGUGUGUGACGACAGCUGGGACCUGCGGGACUCGGCUGUGGUCUGCCGGGAGCUGGGCUGCGGCAGCCCUCGGCUGUCAGACCCCGCUGCUGGCCGCUUUGGCUGGGGCGCCGGCCCCAUCUGGCUGGACGACGUAAGGUGCAUGGGGACGGAGGCUUCCCUUGCUGACUGCCCCGCGGCUCCCUGGGGGAAGCACAACUGUGCUCACAAUGAGGAUGUGGGAGUCACCUGCACUGGAAUGCCCGGCCUGGACUCCAUCUCAGACCCCUUCAGUUGGAGCUGGAUCCCUGGCCUGGGUCGAGAUCCGGGUGUCUGGCUCCCAGGGGAGCUGGCCACUAAGCCCUCUGCCAGGCUGACGCCCAGUGUUCCCGAGAAAACCACCACCAAGGCCCCAGGGAAGAUGCCCAAGAGCACGAAGAAGUGGGGGACCAAAACCACAAAGAAACCGACCACACAGCCUCCCGAGAUGCCAACCACGAAGCACUCCAGGGCCCCGGGCACCCAGGGUCCCCCAGAACUGACCUCACGGACCACUGCCACAACCCUGCCCCCCGAGGCCUCGCGAAGACCAACCUCUGCGCCCACCACUAGGCUGACUUCACACGCCCCUGUGACGCGCACUCCCCGGGCCCCCCGGGAGCGGAGCUCCAAGACCAUGGCCGCGCCAACCAAGCAAGAGCCUGGAGAAAUGACCUCUGAGGCCCCGGUGGAGCCGUCGGCUGAGAUCCUAGGAGAAGGUUCUCCAGAGUCAUCUAAAGAACCAGCCACUGGGGGGUCAGGCCCGUUCCGGGUUCGUCUGGCUGAUGGGCCCAACCGAUGUGCGGGCCGGCUGGAGGUUUGGCAUGCUGGACGCUGGGGGACAGUGUGCGAUGACGGCUGGGACCUGCGGGACAGCACUGUGGUGUGCUGGGAGCUGGGCUGUGGAAGGGUCCGGCCCCGGGUGGGCAAAACCCACUACGGCCCCGGGACCGGGCCCAUCUGGCUGGAUGAUGUGGGCUGCAAGGGGAGCGAGGCCUCGCUGAGCGACUGCCCCUCGAGGGGGUGGGGACAGCACAACUGCGACCACGAGGAGGACGUGGGGCUCACCUGCACUGGCUACUCGGAUGAGGAGGACUAUCCCCCCUGGACCUGGGACCCCACCUCGGGAGAGGACGUGGCCAAGGGGACCACCGCUGCAGGGAUGCCUGGACGCUCUCCCUCCUGGGGCACCACUAGGAGGCCAGGGACCCCCGCCGUCGCCGCCACAGCAACGAGGCGCCUUCCAGGCACAGGUGACAAGGAUGGUUAUGCGCUUUCCUGGACGUGGGACACGCCUUUGGGAGGGACCCUGGCCAAGGGGACCCCCACCGAAGGCCUACCUGGACCCCCUGGCACCCCUGGCACCACCAGGAGCCCAGGCCAUCCCUCACCAGCCCCAAGGGCCUGCGGAGACACAGGCUCGUCUCUAGGAUCAGCCAAAACCGACCCUUUUUCCAGGUACCGUUUGGUGCCUCUUACUGUGUGCAGCAGAUCAUUGAGCCCUCAACACAGUCUCAUCUCGGAACUGCCCCCUGCGCCGUCUCCACCCCCACGAAGAGACCUGUACCCGCCCCCCUGACAGGCAUCACUCUUCCUUCCUCGGUGGGCAGAUUGCCUUUCUCGACUGUCGUGUUUUUGAGGUUUGCGCACGAGGUAGCGCGUGUCAGUGUUUCUUUUGUGGGGUUGAGCGAUCCGCUGCGGUCUGAAUGGACCACGUUUCUUUUAUCCUUUCGUCAGCGGAUGGACGUUUGGGUUGUUUCCACUUUGGGGCUAUUGUGAGCCGUGUGGCUGUGCAUGUUUGUGUGGACGUGUGUUUUUACUUCUCGUGGGCAGAAGUGCCAGGCUGUACGGGACCUCCGUGCUUAUUGAUAUACUGAGGGACUGCCAGGCUGUCCUCCCGAGUGGCUGCCCCUUUUAUCCCUGUGGCACCAGCCCCCCAGGAGGGUCCCACCUCCUCCACCUGCUCACCAGCCCUGUCGCUGCCUGUCUCCCAUGGCGGCCUUGACCCAGUCUCAGUAGCCUUUCCAUGUGGGGGGCCCCACCUCCAGUCUCCUCACCCCGCACACCAGCACACGGCCGCACUCCCACUCCUUACUCGGUCACGCUCACACCCGUGCUUGCACACCCGUGCUCGCACUCCAGCCCUCAGGGCCCAGGCCCCAGGUCUUCACGGCUGCAGGACAGGACACCCCUGCAGUUUAUAGCAUGGACCUUGGAGGGGAGUCGGCCUGGGCUCAAAUCCUCCCUCGGCCUGCCCUGUCGCAUGAGCACAGGGAGGCCCCUCCACUGCUCUGGGCCCCCAGUGUCUGCCACUGAAGUGGGAAGGCUCUAAGGGACCCUGAGCUGCUCGAGGGGCGAGCAAAGUGUUAGGAUUGGUAGGAUGUGUCCUGUAAUUAACUGUGUUUAAUUAGCAGUGCCCCAUCCGUCCCCUUCAGGCCAUCCUCCUGCCCUCCUGCUGGGACCCACCCCUGGGUCAUUAUCACCUCCCAGUUAAUCCCCAGCUGCUGCCACCAAUUAGCACCUCUGAGCACCCCCCCCCCUCUUCUCUCCACUCCCCUCUGCCUCGGCUCCACCCCUGCCCCAGCCACCGCUGGCUUUUUUGGGACACAUUCUUGGCCUAAUCACUCGGGCUAUUUCAGAUUCGCAGAGAAGGUGGCAGGAGCUCCUGCUCCUGCCCCCUCUUUACUGCACCGACCCUCUUACUCUCUAGAUGACCAGGCAGUGCUGCCACUGCAGGAGGCUCACCUGGAUAGCCUGGGACAGGGGCCAUGGCUCCAGCUCUCUGGAUUGAAUUUAAAUUGAAAGGGUCCUUGGGGUCAUGCUACACAGCUGCCACCGCCAACCCCCCCCCCCGCCCCAGGCAAUACCUCGGCAGCCACAGCAGGGGACCUGGGGGUGCAGGGGCCAGGGAGAAAGUGACACUCGAUCCAGCCCUGAGUUAUAGCCUUUUUCUGGGCCAGCGGCCAAGGAGGGCACGGAGAGGAAGAGAGAGUGUUUGCAAACAGGGCAGCUGCCAAGAAGGGGCCCGGGUGAGAGGGGGGAAGGUGUGAAGGAGAAAGGCGCCCAGCUGGUGACUGGCAGCUGAGCCUGCGGGACUUGUCUUUCACACACACACACCCCCUCAUAGGCAGGUUCAAGGUGUCCCAGGCACACAGACACAGGGUGGUGUCUGCCUGGAGUGAGAUGCAGGCAGACGCUCGUUUGGUCCCCUCGCACACGCAGUCACACCGUUACGCGGGCCCCCGGGGGCUCAGACCCUUGUGGAUGCACAAAACACACGCGACCUUGUCAUCCACGUCAAACUCUGUUUCUCUCUCACACGUGCACACGGCCGUGGGCUCAGGCGCGUGUGGACGCACAUUUAUACAAGCGCGUGCCACGUUCCAGUCCUCAAGCUGCCGGACCCUUUCAAGCGCCAGCUGAAUCCUUGUCUCCUUCCCACGCACGUGUCCGCGCAGAAUAGGCACACGCAGCGCCGAGGUGCACAGCGCCCUCUCUCCCAGGCACAUGCACAGAUGCACACACAGGGCCAGCCUCUCUCAAGGCCACGGCGUGCUUGUUGCUGCGGGUCCCCUCUUCCCUCUCCUCUGCGACCCUGACUCUGCUUUCCUCUUUCUGUCUGUCUCUCCUCCACCACAUGGGUGCA